AUGACAACUGCAUCAAGAUUGAUUUGUGAUAAUAUUAAAAAUGCAAAUCUUGUUCCUGAAGAUUUGCUGUCAAAUGGCAUUGUUUAUGGAGAUUUUUUAAAAAAAUAUUACAAACCAAUUUUUAACGUCAUCGAGAAUUAUAAUUGUAUUAAUGAAUUGUAUUCGUAUGAUUCUGAUAUAUUUCAAGUUGAAUUAAGUAUUCACAAAAAGGAAUUUAUUAGUUUACGUAUCAAAUAUGGAUAUGCAAGUGCACCAAAUCUUUGGGAUGAUAAUAAGAAAUUUUACAAUGCACUAAGUUCUUUUUUAACUCAAUUGGAAUUUGUUUGGAAAAUACUAUUUUAUCAAAAAGAAUUACCUGAUCUUAACGAAAGAUCAUAUACACACCAGAUCGUCAAACAAGCAAAAUUUUCUAAAGAUGACUGGAAUCACGGAUUGAAAUAUAUACAAAAUUAUGAUGUACCUGAAGUUAGAGAUAUCUGGGAUGAGUUCAAUUAUAUAAUGAUUCAUUUUUAUAAAACAAUUAUGGACAUUUACGUUCUAGACUAUGAGAUAAAACCAUUCCAUAGAAUGGUCUUGGUCAAAUCAAUAGAAUUACUAUUACAAAAGAGAAAUAGCAAUUUUGCAAUCCAACAAGUGUGCAGUCUAUGUGAAUCAUUACUAUUUGUAAAUAGUUUAAUCUUGGAAAAUAUUAGGAAAAUAGAUUUAAUAGAUCAAUUAAUACCAUCAGGAAUGCCAGCAAUUCCAAGAACAGAAGAUAUUAUAACUGAGGAUGGCAAACAAUCGCUGGAGACUGAGGUGUGUAUACCUAUCAAAUCUCAUGUUUUCCCAAAAAACUACCCUGAAAUCAAAGUGAGUGCAUCAUUUAAUCCAACUCGUGAUCGUGCUUAUUUUCGUAAUAAAAUAUUGG